AACCAAAUCAAGCAACACAGUACAUACAAAAAGAGCUCAAAAACCCAACGAUGUCCAUGCCACCCCAUCACAUCCAACGGCCAAAACUAACCCGCUUGACGGCCCCCUAAAUUUCGCCCAAAUAAUCCACCACCGCCACUGCCAAAUCCCGUAUUUUAAAAUCAAAAUCCAAGGCUCGCUUCCCCUGGCUUCGGCUCCCCUUCCUCCUCCGCAUGCCUCCUCCUCCUCCUCCCCUCCACUGGGUCACUGCCAGGUAGGCCCCACCAUGCAGCAGCUGCCUCCCCCGGCCCCUGCCGCCGCAUCCUCUUCCUCCUCCUCGUCGUUGUCGCUGGUGUCUCGCGCGCGCACGGCGAUCCACUCCGCCGCCGCCCGCGUGCUCACGGACAUCAAGGCCGACCUCCGAGAUGCGGACGGAUCCGGCGGGCACAGCAGGGCGCCGUCCCCGAGGACGUCGCUGGAUCGGGAGGCCGACGCGGGCGCCACGGGGCGGACGUCGGACGUGAGGCCGCCGUCCCCGCGUGAUGAGGUCCUACAAAUAACCCCCUCAGGGGAUGAGGAUUGCUCCAACAUACUACCUGAGUCUACUUCUCCAACAAAGCUGACCUUUCCUCCAGCUUCCAUGGUUAAACAACUGGUAGCUGCCAUUGAAAAUGGAAAAAAUUUCAAGUCAAUGAGUGAUAUGAGGUCUACUGGAGACCAAUUGCUGAAAGAGAAGGGUGGCUUGAGCUUGUCUGUUGUUAAAUCACUUGUUCGCCGUGAAAAGGAGGAAAGAUUGAGUUCUGAAUAUGUUGGCAAUGAAGAAACACAAUCUUUGAUGUACUCCCUGUUCAAAUUAGAGGAACAGUUUCAACAUGACGGAAGCCAAUGUAACCCAGAAUUGCUUCAUUCAACAUCUCUGUCCAAGGAUCUCCAUGGUGCACCACCUGAAAGUUUUGUUCAUGAACUGGCAGAGGUUAUCGGCAGCAUUAGUUCUGUGCACAAGAUGGCAUUCUUUUGGCAAUCUGUAGUUCUUGAGUUGAGAAAACUAUGGUCCGAUUGGCAACCGGUGCCUCGAAUGCCACUGGAUGCUGCUCCGGAUUUGAAUUCUUGUUUACUACAUCAGGAGAUACAAGUCAUAAAUUGCUGCAUUGCCAGGAAAAAGCGAAGAAAAGCAGCUAAAGAGUCGCUGGAUUCCUUGCUAAAACGGGCAAGUAUUGAUAACUCAAAUCCCAGGUUUUCAGUUGGAGAGUCUCCUGAUAACGAGAUGUAUGCAAGAGAUAGCACUGGAGAUUAUGUUCUUCGACUUGGUGCUGAUCGUGUAUCUGAGAACUUAACAUUGCUGGAAACCGGUGAGCCUAUCUAUUCCCCAACACUGCAGGAAGGUCCCAUCAUGACAGCAGAGCUUAUAAAAGAAACAGAGGAGCUUGUCUUACGGACAGGAAGUCUUGGUGCUGGAUGCUCUCAACUUCUAUCAGAUAUGCAGGCUUUCAAGGCAACAAAUCCAGGAUGUGUCCUGGAAGACUUUGUUAGAUGGCACUCUCCACCUGAUUGGUCUGAAGAUUGUGCUGCAAGCAGUACCACAGUAGGGGAAGGUUCAUCUAGACGUGGUCGGUUAAGUGAUAGAAUGCAAACAAAAGAAGGAAACUUGUGGAAGGAGUUGUGGGAGGCUGCAAAAUCUAUACCUGCUGUUGAACAGACUCCUAUUUAUGAUGAAGAUUUAGCAGUGGAGAGCAUCUUUGAUGCCUUGGAAGUUAUUGAACCAUCAAAAUUGUUUGAGCAGCUACUUGCUGUCAUUCUUUCUGUAUGCUUUGUUGCAGCAGAAUCGAUUCUACCAGCAGAUAACAACCUGUCAAAAUUAUUCUACAAUUGUAAGGACUACAUUAUUGGCAUUUACGAAGAUGACAUGUCAAAAGAGAAGCUAGAUGAGAUCUGCAAGGUGUACGAGACGAUGGAAGCCAUAGUAACCCACCCUGAAGAAGCUCUCCAGAUCAUGGACCAACCUGACGAAAAGUCUGUUGAAAAUAAAAACCGCUUCAAGCUGAAGCUCAACUUUAUUGGCAAAGACCGCCCGCCACUUUGGAAGCGUGCACCAAAGGAUGAGAAAAAGACGUCUCCAAAGGAUGAGAAAAAUACAUUGGACGAAAAGAACACAAAGAUAUUCUCGAACCUUUUUGACAAGAAGGUCUCCAUAUUUUCGAAGAAGAAUGUGAAAUCAUCAGAGGUGCUGCCGCCACCACCAACCCUUUCAUCUGCACUGGGACCAUUUGAUGAAAGUGAGUGGACGAUUUUGUAGUUGAAAUUCCUGUAUAGUUCCUUUGUACAACUUGUAGAGAGGUGCUCCCAAGAUGUCGGGAACAAGCUUAAGCUGUAAAUACUCAUCAAAUUCAUUGAUCGUUUUGAAAUAAACUAGCAAAGUGAAUAUUUCGAUGCA